GUGUGUCUAUUACAACACUUGUGUGUGUGUGUGUCUGGUCUAGUCCGCUCCGGGUACACUAAACCUCCCACACAGCCAACCCCACGAUUCUCAACUACCUAAAUUCUUCCAUCAAUCACUCGGAUUAAUUCUUCCUUGUCAACUACUUGCAAUGGCUCCCACUCAUCGUCGUGGACCCUGGGUUCCCGAAGAGGACCAGUUGCUCCUUCAGUUGGUUCGCGAACAAGGCCCCAACAACUGGGUCCGCAUCUCUCAGCACAUGCACUACCGCUCGCCCAAGCAAUGCCGGGAGCGCUUCCACCAGAACCUCAAGCCCUCUUUGAACCGUGAGCCCAUCUCUGCUGAGGAGGGCUUGAUGAUCGAGCGGAUGGUCAACGAAAUGGGCAAGCGCUGGGCCGAGAUUGCACGACGCCUUGGAAACCGCAGUGACAAUGCAGUUAAGAACUGGUGGAACGGCAGCAUGAACCGCAAGAGAAGAGGUCUCCCUACCUCCAGCUCGCCUCACGCCGGACGCACGAUGCACGGACGGGUCGAGGCCCCAUAUGCGCGGGCCUCUCUGGGCUUGAGCAGCCCCAUCAGCCGUUCUCGCUACCCUUCCAUCUCCAACGACCGACCUCUGACUUCCUGGACCAAGUCUCCUUCAUCUCGGAGGGAUUCCUUCUCCGCCUCUUCCAUCGACUGCCCCCGCCAGUUGACCCCGAUCUACACACUUCCUGCUCUCAACCGCCCUGUCGAAACUCCUCUCACCUCGCCUGCCUUCUCUGAAGCUUCUUCCAUGGAACCUCCCUCCAUGAUCUCGGACCACAACUCCGUCUCUUCCUCCUCUCCCAGGACCAUCGCCUCGCCACAGCUUCUUCCCCUUCCGGUGGACAUGAGACAGCAAUACGGCGACUUCCGCAGGCAGAGCACUUCAGAUGAGAUCUAUGCCUACCACGAUCUCUCGUUGAAGCAACGGUGGAUCUCCGAUCACCAGCAAUGGAACCAGCACUCUCCGCUAUCUCCCACAUGGUCUGCUCCGAUCGAAGACAAGACAGAAGCCCCGCGCGACUCGCGGAUGGGUCUUCAGAACUUGCUCAACUAAAUGACGAUAGCGACCAUUGCUGGAUAUGAUCAACGAACUUUUCUUCUGUCAUCGAUUUUCUAUGGGAAAUUUUAUGUACAUG